AUGGGCCGGGCCGGGCCUGUGAGGGGUGUGGUUGGGUAUAAACGAGGGGACAGUGGGUUUUCUGUUGUUUUCCUGUUUUGAAGCCCUCCGUCCUGGCAACCUUGCACCCCUCCACUCUCUUUUCUCUCUUUCUUUCCUUCUCCUCUUUCCACUCACACUCCCUCCAGAGUGGAUCUUCCUAGACAGGCGUCUGUUGGGUCUGCGGCAUCAGUCUUGGGAGCUCCGUGGAAGCCUGAAACCAUGCUGACGUUUUUGGCGCUGGCGUCUGUCGUCCUCCUGGGAAUAGUGCCUGAGCAGUCCCAGGCCAUAGUGAUUUACACCGGCUGGGAGCGCCACGCCCUGGUGGGUUCCGACAUCCGACUGUCCUGCUCAUUCUUCUCCUGGCGCUGGACCUCGGAGGACGUCACCUUUUCCUGGACAUACAGGCCUGAUGGCUCACGGGACAGCAUUUCUAUCUUCCACUACACCGGUGGUGCCGCCUACGUGGACAACAAGGGCCCCUUCAGGGACAGGCUGGAGUUUGUGGGGAACCCCGGCCGCCGCGACGGCUCCAUCCUGCUCAAGAACCUGGACUUCAGCGACAACGGCACUUUCACCUGCGACGCCAAGAACCCCCCUGACAUAGUGGGCCGGCCCUCCAGCGUUCGCCUGCUCGUCUUUGAGAAAGUGCCCAUCCAGGCCGGCGUGAUCACAGGGGCCAUCAUCGGGGUGGUGCUGGGCCUGCUGGUGCUCAUCGUGGUCAUCUACUACUUGAUGAGGUUCCUGGUGGCGCGCCGCGUCUUCAGCCUCAGUGUCAGCAAACAUGGCAAGAAAAAGAAAGAGGGAUCACAGCAGAGACAGGGCCCCGUGCCUCCCGCUGAACCCUCCAAGGUGAAGGCGGCUGCCUCGGAAAAGAAGAAGGAGUCACGCAAGGAUAAGAAAUAGGAUACGGGGAGGGGCUGGGGCGGGCUUGCCAGCCGGCUGCUCCAGCCCGUGCGCCAGG